UAUGACGUAGAGGUGUUGGGUGAAGCCGCUGCCCCGAAACUAUUUGAUGACAAGGACAAAGGACUGUGCUUCAAGUUCAAGUGGGCGGAUGUCCGUCAAUAUGUCGACACCGACGAGCCGCAGCCCGGGGAAAUUUGGGGUCAAGCCAAGAUUGGUUGUGUAAGGGUCAACCUCGGAAUCCGAAGAGGCGAGCACUACCUGUGCCAGACCGACCGCUUGCUUGAAUUGAGCCAGCAACUUCGAGUCCACUCCGACAUCAUCACCAAGGAAAGCGACAAGUACGUCCUCGAGUUGCGUAACGCCAUCGCCGAGGCUGGUUAUGUGGCCGACCUCACCUCGAUAUCAAAGGCUGUCGCCCAGUUGGACUUGAUCUGUUCCCACGCCGAAUUAACAACCACCCAUGGAUAUGUUCGCCCAAAGCUCGGCAAGGAACUCGCUUUGAUCAAAGCCCGUCACCCCAUCAUGGAAGCCAGAAGAGGUUUCGUUCCCAACGACGUGUUCUCUGGCGAUGACACCAAGUUCGUGGUAGUGACCGGUACAAACAUGGGCGGCAAGACGACAUACAUCAAGACAAUUGCCCUCAUGCAGAUUCUCGCUCAGAUCGGCUGUUUCGUUCCAGCAGAGAGGGCAGCUGUUCCAAUUUGCGACCGAAUCUUUGUCCGGUCUGCAACCAACGACAAUGCCGCAGGCAAUGCCGGUACAUUUGCGGUAGAGAUGGACGAAAUGUCUGUCAUUUUGCACUUGGUGAUCAUUGAUGAACUUGGUCGAGGAACCUCCACCGCCGAGGGUCUAGGACUCGCCGCCGCCAUGGCAGAAGAGCUCGUAAAGAAGAAGUCUCGUGUCUUUUUCGCAACCCAUUUCCUCGACCUGGGCAAAAUGUUGAAUGCCUGGUAUCCAUCACAAGUUCUUAACGUCCACAUGACCAGCCAUGGUUCUGUCGAGGACGGCCACGCCACGAUUUCCCUCCCCCACACCGUCGUCGCCGGCCCGGUGAACAAUUGGGAUUACGGCCUGGAGCUCGCCAGUCGCUACUUCCCAGCAAGCCUCAUCGAGAGUGCCAGAAACUGGUCAAAAUAUCACCAAGAGCAAGCAGAGCUUAGCCGCAAAAAGAGGACGUCAGCCGAGAUGAAGAGCGCAGCGGAGGUCGCCCUUAUGCAUCAUAUGGAGCAGGCGCUGUCUUCGCAGAUGAGUAACAUGGAGUUGGCGGAGAGAUUGGAGGUGAUGACCGAUCAGUACAAGGCCUUGGAAGAGAGAGGUGAGGUGUCGAAUGAGGGCGGUGAGGCGUCGAAUGAUAAUGCCGAGGCCUAA